AAUGGAUUAAGCAAAUUAAGCAUUUAAAGAGUUAUACUUUUAAGGUGAAUGCUACGAAAAUGUGAAAGAUAAAAUAGAUUAAUGUCCAUAUGAUGAACUCAAUGGCCUAAUGGAACUGUAUGUAUAAAAUUAUUUAGAUGUAAUAAUUUGUUAACAAUUAGACAGUACAAAACAAUUUAUACACAUAUAGUUAUAAUGAUUAUGAUUCUGCAAAAUGUUAUUUGGAAUAAGUGAAUGGUCAUUGGAUGAGAAUCUAAAAUAUUGCAUUAGAAUUAGGGAAGUAUUAACAAAUGAGCAAUAGUUUUAAAGUUUUAAUUACUAUAAUUAUAAGAUUCAAGAAUACCAUCGACAAAAAUUUUAGGAUAGAAUAUUUCAGGAUAAUAAGAUCAAUUUAGUAUUAAGAGAUAUAUGCAGGAUUUAUAAAUUCAAUCAAUCAAAUGAUCAAAAUUUUUGUUCACCAAUAUUCUAAUACUUUAAACCAAAAAUUACCACUCACCAAGACUUAAUGACUAAUUGGCUUACAUAUAGUUAAUGCGAAUAAGGAAUAGAUGAAAUUAAAGAUUUUGAGAAACGAUUAGAAUGUGCAAUGACAAAUCUACCUGAUUAUGAAAAAUAAUAACCUAAAUUGCCUCCAAAUUGGGAAAAAAAUAUGGUAAAUUUAAUGAAAAAAAAGAAGAAAAAAUUAUGA